AUGCAAGAUAAACAAAAUUUAGAAGAUGAAAAGGAGAACUGUUUGACUCUUUUGAAUAGUUCUUUAUUGCAGCAAUACAAAUCGUCCUUACAAAGUUCUUCAAACUUUAUUUCAAUUGCUGUUCUCAAUGAGGUGUUGGAUGAAAAUAUAGAUCAACUGAACAAACAUUCUGAUUCUAUUCUAGAGACUGCCAAUAGUCUACUAAAAAAUCACAAUUAUAAAAACUCCACAUGGAGGAGUUCGCUAAGCACAUUUCCUGACCCGGUCUCAAUAUUUGAAAAAACAGUAAGUUGUAAGAAAUGCGACAAAAAAAAUACUGACUUAAAACAUCUUCAUAAAACCAAAUGUAGUGAGAAAUUGAAAGCUUAUUUGCAAGAUUUGUGUAACAACAGUUCAAGUCAAGAACAGGAAACUAAAUGUGAUGUCAAAUUCAAACCUAAAUUUAAUAGUUUUAAACAAAGUAAAAGAGAGGCUCAUAGUGUUGCAGAGAUGGGCAAUGGUCCAGAACAAAACCUAGAUUUUACAGUAAUAGAUGAGAGUGAAAAGGCUCACAAGCAGCAAGUAGCUAAGAUUUUAUUCAAAACAGCUAAAGAAACAUUCUUAGCUUCCAAUCCAGCAGCUAAACGAUCAUUGGGAGCUUCAAGGAAAGCCCAAGCAAAGUUUAUCUCUCCAAUGAUUGGAGCUCAAGAAAAGCAAGAUCAAGUAAAAGAACCAGAAGUGACAGAUGAGAGACUAAAACAUAUUGAUCCCAAAAUGAUUGAGAUGAUAGAGAGCGAAAUUAUUGAUAAAGGAACACCUAUAGGGUGGGAUGACAUAGCAGGCUUAGAAAUGGCAAAAUCUGUCAUACAAGAGGCAGUAGUGUGGCCAAUGUUAAGACCAGAUAUAUUCACAGGCCUACGGAGACCGCCUAAAGGAAUACUGCUUUUUGGUCCCCCUGGGACUGGAAAAACCUUAAUUGGAAAAUGCGUAGCAGCUCAAUGUAACGCGACAUUCUUUAGUAUAUCGGCCUCUUCGUUGACGUCAAAAUGGAUUGGAGACGGAGAGAAGAUGGUUCGAGCGCUAUUCGCCGUCGCACGAUGCCAUCAACCAGCUGUGAUAUUCAUAGAUGAAAUUGAUUCUUUGCUAACUCAGAGAAAUGACACUGAACAUGAAGCAACGCGAAGAAUUAAAACUGAAUUUCUUGUUCAGUUCGAUGGAGCGGCUACAGGAGAAGAAGACCGUUUACUUAUCGUGGGCGCAACCAAUCGUCCACAGGAAUUAGACGAAGCAGCGAGGCGACGGCUAGUCAAAAGACUGUAUAUUCCCUUACCCGAUGCACAAGCUCGCAAGCAAAUAGUGUUCAACCUGCUCAAAAAUGAAAACAAUGAGCUGACAUCACAAGACAUGAGUGAUGUAGCUCAUUUGACCGACGGUUAUUCGGGUGCUGACAUGAAAUCACUGUGUUCUGAAGCCGCUAUGGGUCCUAUUCGAGCUGUGCCACUGUCACAAAUUACUACUAUUGAUAGAGAUAUGGUGCGACCGGUAAAUGCGCAAGAUUUCAAAGCUGCUCUGAAAAGAGUGCGUCCCAGUGUAUCUCAAGACGAUCUCGGCCAAUACAUUAAGUGGGACAGAACUUAUGGUCAGGGUUUCUAG